AUCGCAGUUCUCCACACAUCUACUAGAAGAAUACAGAAUUGUUUUGAACCGUGACAGAAUGGUCGACAGUAUGAGCAAAGUCAUGCUGCACACGGUCAUCUCAUGCUGGCAGCCUUUCCUGGGAUUGGCCCUCGUGGCUGUUUUUGUGGGUUCUACCUUGGGAUGUCCCUCACGAUGCGAGUGUUCAGCGCAGAGCAAGGCAGUUGUCUGUCACCGCAAGCGCAUACCCAGUAUCCCAGAUGGCAUCCCAACCGAAACCAGGAUCCUGGACCUGAGUAAGAACAAGCUGACAAUGAUCAACCCUGAUGACUUUUUUGCCUUCCCUGGGCUUGAGGAACUUGACCUCAGUGGAAAUAUUAUCAGUUAUGUUGAGCCUGGAGCCUUCAAUGGCCUGUUUAACAUGCACUCGCUCAGUCUCAAGAGCAAUCGUGUCAAGCUCAUUCCUCUGGGUGUCUUCACAGGCUUAACCAAUCUUACCCGACUGGAUAUAAGUGACAACAAAAUUGUCAUUCUCCUGGAUUAUAUGUUCCAAGACUUGCACAAUCUUAGGUUUUUGGAAGUGGGUGACAACGAUCUGGUUUACAUCUCUCACCGUGCAUUCAGUGGACUUUUAAGCCUGGAGACACUAACCUUAGAAAGGUGCAACCUUACAGUUGUACCCACUGAGGCUCUUUCUCACCUUCACAACCUGGUCAGCCUGCAUCUACGAUACCUCAGCAUUAGCACUUUACAUCCAUACUCAUUCAAAAAGCUAUUCAGAUUGCGGCACUUAGAAAUUGAUAACUGGCCUUCACUAGACCAUGUUCCAGCUAAUGCCCUGCAUGGUCUCAACCUGACAACACUGUUUAUAACCAGCACCAACCUGUCAACCUUCCCUUACCUAGCCCUGAAGCAUCUUCCCUACCUGACACAUCUCAAUCUAUCCUACAACCGCAUAAGGCACAUUGAAGGGGGCAUGCUAAUGGAACUGGUUCGGCUGCAGGAGCUGCAUAUAGUUGGAGCUCAGCUGACCACCAUUGAACAGUAUGCCUUCCAAGGCCUGCGGGGUCUCAGAGUUCUCAAUAUUUCUCACAAUCGACUGGACACAUUGGAAAAGGGUGUUUUUCAGUCUCCUGAGGUUCUGGAGGUUCUUCUCAUUGACAACAAUCCCUUAGUGUGUGAUUGUCGCCUCAUGUGGAUCCUACAGAAAAGGCACUCCAUCUUCUUUGGGGAUUCACAGCCAGAAUGCAGCACACCUGAGGGUAUUCGUGGUCGGCCUUUUAAGGAGUUUAAGGAGACUCUUCUGUCUUAUUAUGUUACAUGUACCAAACCGAAAAUUCGUGAGAAUAAAACACAAACAGUUACUGUAGAUGAGGGUCAGCAGGCUAUGUUGCGUUGCAGUGCUGAUGGGACACCAAGGCCAACUGUGUCUUGGUUGUCCCCACGUCGUCGAGUGCUGACAAGCAGGAGCCAUGGUAGAGUAACGGUCCAUAACAAUGGUACACUGGAAAUCAAGUCAGCAGAGGUUCAAGACAGCGGAGUGUACCUUUGCCUUGCCUCCAACACUGCUGGAAAUGACACCCUGAUGACAUCAUUGGCAGUGAAAAGUCUAGGAUCACUGUAUGCUAACAGGACCCAGUACUACACAGAUCCCAACAAUGCCACUGCCAAUGGGACGACUAGUGUGACCCUUGGUUUGGACCUUAAGACUAUUUUAGUGUCAACAGCUAUGGGUUGUUUCACAUUCCUGGGAGUUGUCUUGUUUUGCUUCCUGCUUCUUUUUGUCUGGAGCAGAGGAAAAGGAAAACAUAAAAACAAUAUAGAUGUUGAGUAUGUGCCUCGAUCAAAGUCUAAUGGCACUAAUGUUGACUCAGCAGAGGGACAAGCUGGUCCUCGUCGUUUUAACAUGAAAAUGAUGUGACUUCUUUUAUAGAUCUGAGAGUCUGGAUUGUGGAAAAGCCCAAAGUACAGUGUAUUUUUUUGAAAAGAGAAUGACUGACCUUCUCACUGCUACGGGGAGAGUGGUAGUGAAAAAACACUGGGGCAUCAUAAAAUGAUGAGCAUUACCUUAAAUCUGUGGAUCUUGAUAUAGUUCUUGAAUACUGUGUCUCAAAUACAAAAAGUUUUAAAAGGAUUUACACUGUUGCUACCAGGGAAACUUCUCGGAUGAGUUGCUCUCAUGAGGACCUGGAUGAAAUAAGUGUCAGUUAUCAGCUUUUUGAAAUUUAUAUGCCCCAAAACCCUUCAGUUUUGGGUUGGCUCUACAGACUCAGCUGAACAAUGUACAGUACAAAUUUGUAUCUAAGCUAUAACCUACUUUGUUUAGUCUUGCGCCAUGCUUAUUCACUGAACCAAUCAAUGAAACAAACCAUUAUUUCCUAUGUUCUAUAUUUUGCAUAUGUGCACCUAAUGCUUCAUUAUGUACAUGUAUGUACAUGAUUCAAAAGAACAGUUCAUAGCAAUAUUCAUGGGAUGCAUUAGCCAAAAUUGCUAUAAUCCUAAAUGUUCCACAAGAACAGUCUUCAGGAUUUCGAAGUUUCCAUUGAUUCAGGAAGGGCUUCUAUGGCUAAGUAUUUGUCCCCUGCUCCCCAAUUGACUCCUAAAUAUUAAUGAAUAUACAUUAUUUAUCAAUAUAAGUAAAAGAAGAUUAUUUUAUUUAUGAAAAGUGUUAAGAAUUUUGCAAAAAUCGGUCCUCAAACACUGUUCAGGAUUUAAGAUAACACCUGGAAUGUCAUAAAGAUGAAUUAUUAUUGGUCAGACAACCUACAUGAACCACUUUUUUGUCCUCUUUUGUCUCUUUUUAUUCCUUUAACUGUACCUUUGCUAGUUGGCAAACUACAUGUGUCAAUUUUACUACAGUGACAUUUGCAUCAUUUUUCCCAGUAGGAAUUUUGGACUUUGUUGUGGUAGUUCUUCAUUUUGUUGUUGAAUCAUUUAGAUUGUGAAAACUUCAAAAGUAAAAGUAAAAAAUAUGUAUGUGAAAUA